CGGACAGUAUGUAUUGAGUAUCUCACUCGUGACUUAUCUUUACUUUCUUCUUACCAACCCAUGCUUUUCCUUCUAGUUUCCGGGCAAAAGUGUUAAGACUUUUCAAAACAAAAAAAAAAACAAGAAACAAAUUGGAGCUCAUUUUCAUUCUACCUUCCAUUUUGUUACCAUCAGAAAGCACAUCAACUUCAUCAAAGCAACGGACGUGAUGGUUGGUUUUAAUGAAGAGACUGAAAUGCUUAUAGAGCAACUUGUGAGAGGACAUCGGCAAUUAGAUGUGAUCUCAAUAUUUGGAAUGCCAGGACUAGGAAAAACAACAUUGGCUAAGAAAUUGUAUGAUCAUGAAGCAAUUUCCAAUCGCUUCGAUAUUCGCUUGUGGUGUUGUUCUUCCCAAUCUUAUGAUAAUAGAGCUCUCUUGUUUGAAUUAUUGGGUCAUAUUUGCGAGCUUGAUGAUAUUACUAAAGAAAAAAAUGAUAAUGAGUUAGCUGAGAAGCUUUAUAGAUAUUUGAAAGGAAAGAGGUAUCUUAUUGUAGUGGAUGACGUUUGGAGUCCUAAUGCAUGGGAUGAUAUAAAGAGACCAUUUCCAGAUGAUGAUAAAGGAAGUAGGAUUAUUUUGACAACUAGACUUGAAUCAAUCGCCACGUAUGCAAUGAUCAAUUCGAGUCCUCAUCACCUUCGCUUGUUCACAGAAGAAGAAAGUUGGAUGCUAAUGAAGGAGAAAGUAUUCAAAGAAGAUAAUUAUUAUCCUCAACAACUCGAGGAUAUAGGUAAGCAAAUAGCGACUAAGUGUGGAGGAUUACCUCUUGCAAUUGUAUUGGUAGCUGGUGUUCUUGCAAAAAAUGAUAAGGAAGUAGUUCAUUGGCAACAAGUAGGGGAACGUUUGAAGUCAAAAAUGCAAGGUUGUAUGGAUAUAGUUGAAUCGAGUUAUCAACACUUACCCCUUCAUUUGCAAAAUUGUUUUCUCUACUUUGCUUCAUUUCUAGAGGGUGAAAAAGUUCCUGUUCAAAAAUUGAUACGACUAUGGAUUGCAGAAAAUUUUGUUGAAGCCAGUAGUAGUACUAGAUUGAAGAGCUUAGAGAUGGUUGCAAUGGAUUAUUUGAUGGAUUUAAUUAGGAGCAACCUAGUGAUGGUGGCUAAUAUAAAUUCCUCAGGGGAGCUCAAAGCCGUCUAUAUUCAUGAUGUAAUACACGAAUUUAGCUUGAGGAAAGCUAAAGUGGGCAACUUUUUGCUGAGGAUAAAUGAUCAGCUUGUUUAUAUACUUCCAUCUUCCAAAGGUCGCUCUGGACGCAUAUAUAUCUUAGCACCUACUGGACGAAAUAUCAACACCUUACGAUUCCUUCCCAGUGUAAAAUCUCCUUGGGUUGAUUUAGACUUGGCUAAAUCUUGGGAAAACCUGAGAGUAUUAGAUUUGAGUUCCGUAAAGCUGCAUAAGACUCAUGUAGAUGCAUUGAGAUAUCUGAUUCAUUUGAAGUAUUUGGAGCUGCAGUUGCCUUCUGAUUACAUUCCAUAUACAAUAUGCAACCUGAAGGAGCUAGAGACAUUUAUAGCGACCGGAGUCUAUCAUAAAUCCUGCAUUCCAAAUUCCAUUUGGGGUAUGACAAGCUUAAGGCAUUUGCAUAUAAGUACUCUAUAUACCUCUCAAAUAUUAGAGGAUCUUGACAACUUAAAAACAUGUUCGAAUCUGGUUAUUGAUGCUGGGGUGUAUUACCAAAAUCUUAUGAAAAGAUUACCCAAUCUUGAAAAGCUCAGUUGUCGAUUAUGUGGUUCAGGAACCCGUUUUUACAAAUACUUUCCCGCUUUCGGGUCUCUUGGUCAACUCAAAUCUCUCAAGAUUGAUGUCACUAGGAUAUUGACAUAUCCCUAUGGUUUUGAAGACUUUACAUACCCGUCAAGCCUCAAGAAAUUAACUUUGGCAUAUCUUGAGCUCCCUUGGAGUAAAAUGUCCUACAUUGGCCGUUUGUCCAACCUUGAAUUUCUUAAAUUAGAAGGAAGUGGUUUCAAAGGGAGACAGUGGGACGUUAAGGACGGGGAGUUUUCUAACCUUAAAGUUUUGAAAUUAAAGAAACUAGGACUCUUGGAAUGGACAGCCUCUGAUGACUCGUAUCCCAACCUACAGAAAGUACUGGUGCACGGGUGUUGGAAACUAGAGGAAAUUCCUUAUAGUUUUGGGAGUAGUUGCUCAAUGCAACUUAUUGAGGUAAGAUCAUGUUGUGACUCUGCGGUAAAUGCUGCCCUCAAAAUUAAAGAAACACAAAUUGAGGAGAUGGGGAAUUCUGAAUUCAAGGUUAUUAUUAGUAAGUAAAAUCAUCAGAAGGAUUGUUUAAUUAGGUUUCUUUGUCAUAUUUUUUAAUUAAAUAUAUGUAAAUGAAAUGCUACACAUGGUAUGUAAGGCCAUGCAUCCUAUAAUAGAAGAGUGUUUCUUAUCAGACAAUGAAUAACUUCCAAUUUGUCUUUAAAUUAUGUAUUUGAUUUUACUAGUUUUCUUUUCAA